AUGUCAUUAUCCGAGUCUCAGGGGAGGGCAUAUCCAUGGUUUUCUACAGAAAUUAGGGGUAAUUUUGCAGCGGCCCAGGCGCAGAGCGCGUCUAACGUCCGCGCGACGUACCACCUCUACAAUCCGUCGCAGAUUGGGUGGGACUAUCUCAGGGCCAGCGUUUACUGCGCCACAUGGGACGCGAACAAGCCCCUCGAAUGGCGCCGCAGGUACGGGUGGACUGCUUUCUGCGGUAACAAACACAAGGACAGGGGGCAGGUGACGGCGAGGAUCGUGGACCAAUGUAGCAAUGGAGGGCCGGAUUUAGAUAAGGGCGUCUUCGAUCAGAUCGACACCGAUAGGAAUGGUUAUAAUCAAGGCCACAUGAUCGUCAACUACCAGUUCGUUGACUGUUAA